CCGGGGACAGAGGGAGUCGAGGGGUACUCAGAGAGACUGGAGCGAGGUGAAAUCGGUAUUAGAGAGCGACUCUGCGACUAAAGAAUCAGGGGGGCAUAGGGAACGCAGAGGCACAGGGGAUCCAGGAGACACAAUCAAUCAAUAAAACACAAGAACCCAGAGAGACUGGCUGGCAUCAGAGACGCAAGUGUCAAAGACUCAAAAAUCAGAGGCACUGGGGAACCCGGUUUCACCCCGAGACACGUGGACCCAGAGACAUCGAGGAAUUAGAGGCACUGAGGUUCAGAGACACUGGAACCAGGGACACUGGGAGAGAGAAGAGACACGAAACUAACGACACAAGAAGCGGAGACACAGAAACUGAGAGACGUUGGAACAAGAGACACGAGGUUCGGAGAGAGACGCGAGAAUUCAUGAAACCCGGGUCUCUGUGAAGCGGAGACGAACGCAGAAACCAGGGUUAGCUCCACAGGGACUUGGGGACCCCUUGAGUCGAGGGACUCCCUCCUGCACCCCCGGCGCGCGCGAUGCUGGCCACGGGACCCUCACUGGAGGCGCCGCGCUCGGCCGCCUUCCACCCCCACCACCUCGCACACCAGCACAGCAACCACAGCAGCCACUAUAGCCAACAGCAGCACCAGCAUCAUCAUCAGCAUCACGCCCUGCACCCUCUCCACCAAGAGAAGGAGGCAGAAGGGGGGAAGGGCUACCCAGCCGCGCUCAAACCCCCGUCCGCCACCGCCGCCGCCGCGAUCACCGCCCUGCACGGCACCCGGCAACCCAGCGCCACCCCGCACGGCAUCAACGACAUCCUAAGCCGCCCCAGCGUCUGCGGGGGGGCACUGCCCCCCAGCGCGCAGACGGCGCUGCCCUGCCGCCUCGUGUCGGGGCCCGGCGCUCUGCUGCCCGCGCCGGCGGGGGGUCUCUACCUGGGCUCGUUGCAGGGCGCCGCGGCCAGGCUGGGCAAGUCCCUGGAGGAGCUGGCGGCGGGCGCCGCCGGCUGCAGGGCGCUGGGGGAGCUCCCCGCUGGAAUGGGGGGCAGGGCCCCUCUGCUGUGGCCGGGCGUCCUGGCGGCACCGGCGUGGGCGCACGCGGCGGCGCGCAUCGCCACGGGCUCCCCGUGCGCUGGGUCCUCUGGGUUGGAGCGGGACCCCCGGCGCAAGCAGACCCGUCCCACCUUCUCGGGCCAGCAGAUCUUCGCGCUCGAGAAAACCUUCGAGCAGACCAAGUACCUGGCCGGGCCCGAGCGAGCGCGGCUCGCCUUCUCCCUGGGCAUGAGCGAGAGCCAGGUGAAGGUGUGGUUCCAGAACCGUCGGACCAAGUGGCGCAAGAAGCACGCGGCGGAGCUCGCGAGCGCCAAGCGCCGCCGCGACUCGGAGGCCGAGCGGCUGCAGUCGGGGCCCUCCGCGGAGGGGGCCCAGGAGGAGGCGCCCAGAGACCCCUGCAGUGGCUCUGACAGCGACUGA